AUCCGGGCGGCGCAAACCCAAGUCAUUCGCGUUAGCCGCAUCCAACAAAUAAACACACGGCAAGGAGUCAUUCAUUGUUCGACCCAUUCACAUCAUCAUCAUACAUACAUGCACACAUGUCAAUGUCGCCCUGAUGGUGGUGGUGGUGGUGGUGGUGGUUGUAACUAUACGCGGCCCCUGCUGCUUUGCACGCUCGCUGGGGGAGGGUUGUUCGUUGGUCGAUGGUUGGAUGCUUGCUGCAGCCAGCUUGGCGCGUCUAGCUAGUCACCCACAUUUUUUCCCCUACGGACCAAAUCAUCUAAAACACAUACACAAUCCACGAUGCCCGCCGAAUUCUCCUUGCGCAGGUCUCUCCAGCAUCCUCAGCCCCGUCCCCCGCGGGACUGAGCGCUACCACACUUAUAUCCAUCGCUGCUUGCCCGCCCAUCCACCUCUGCCGGCCCACGACACAAUCCCGUACUCCCCCGCUCCGUUCGGGCCACAGUACUUAUUAAUUCCUGUCCAGCGACUGCUACACGAACCAAAGUCGUACCCCCCCGAGCAACCUCUUCCCACCUCAUCUCCGCGACCAACUCCUUCGACCCUCUCAUCUUGCUCCCGCCUGCUUUUCUCUCGCUUCCGGCUCCACCCACGCCCGAGGUACUUCGCUAUUGUCUCCAUCAACAUGGCUGCCACUCAGCAACUACCCAUGCAAUCUCGCACCGGCCGCACCAACCAGCGGUAUGGCCCCCAGGGCGAGCGUCUUGUCGCAGGAAUUGUUCCGCUUUCCGCCGACAAAUACUACGUUCUUCUCAUCCAGUCCACACGCCGCGGCGGCUGGGUCCUCCCCAAAGGCGGAUGGGAAACCGACGAAGCAACGGCCCAGGAUGCCGCCAAGCGCGAGGCUUGGGAGGAAGCCGGCAUUAUAGUCAAAGUCAACUACGACCUCGGCCUCAUCCCCGAGCGGCGGAGACCUGAUCAGCUUACCGCCCAAGCCCCCAAAGCAUCGUACCACUUCUUCGAAGCCACCGUUGAGAAGCAGGAGGUCAGCUGGCCCGAGAUGCACAAGCGCUCGCGCCAAUGGUUCACCUAUUCGCAAGCGAAACAGGCCUUGGGCGAGCGGCCGGAAUUGAUUGAUGCUUUGGAGCGCUGUACCAUGAACCGCGCCUAG